AUGUCUGAGCUGGAGAAGGCCGUGGUGGCCCUCAUUGAUGUUUUCCAUCAAUAUUCCGGAAAGGAGGGCGACAAGCACAAGCUGAAGAAAUCCGAACUCAAGGAGCUCAUCAACAACGAGCUUUCCCAUUUUCUAGAGGAAAUCAAAGAGCAGGAGGCUGUGGAUAAAGUCAUGGAAACAUUGGACAGCGAUGGAGAUGGCGAAUGUGACUUCCAGGAAUUUGUGGCCUUCAUCGCCAUGAUUACCACAGCCUGCCACGAAUUCUUUGCACAUGAGUGA